ACCACCACCUACACCAACACCACCACCACCACCACCUUCACCAUCAACACCACCAGUUACACCUACACAGCAGCACCUUUUCAGUUGUGGUUCCCCUCCAGCUUUAUUCCCCGCACAACACACAACACACAUUUGAGAAUGUUUCAGAACUUCAGGUACUAUCUAAUACUGGGAUUUGUCAUGCUUCUCGAACUGAGCACAGCAGCGCCACCUGUCAGAGAGUCACACAAAUCUGUGGAGGUGGAACCGGAGGGAAGGGGAGCACGAUUAUUGGAUCAUUUCAAUAAUCGAUAUCCGGAUGGAAGUUACGAGUUUCGAUUUGAACUGGACGAUGGAACAGCGCGUUAUGAACGCGGUUAUUUUGCCUAUAUCGAUGAGGUGAAGACCCUAAUGGUCGUUGGAUACUACUCUUAUCGCAUGCCCGAUGGACGUUACAUCACAGUCUUCUAUAAUGCGGAUCAGUUCGGCUACAGACAGAACCAAUCCAUAACACCUGAAACCUAUCCCAAUUUGCCGCGUUCCAUUGAAGUGCCCGUGCUCAAGGAGACGACAACAUCGGCAGCGGUGCGGCAGCCUCAACAACAACAGCAACAACAACAAUUCCAGCAGGCAAUCACAAGCAAAUCCUCAACGUCAUCCUCACUUGGACCAACGACAUCCACAUCGACGCCCAAGGCGCCCACUCGAAGGGGUCGCUACUGAGAUCAGAUUGCUCCAUAAUUACACACUCUCUCUCUAUAUUUUUUUUCUUUUAUACUACUUAUAUUGCAUUAUUAUGCUUUUA